AUGAGCGAAGAUGGAGGCUUUACCAUUGAUCAGUUGAUGGAGCUAGCGGGGCUGAGUGUUGCAGAGGCUGCAUACCGAGUCCACCCGCCAUCCAAGGGAAAGAAUGUUCUUAUCGCCGCCGGACCUGGCAACAAUGCAGGAGGUGACGGCCUCGUCGCCGCCCGCCACUUACACCACUUCGGCUACACACCACGCAUCUACUACCCCAAGCCCACGAACGCGCCGAUCUUCAACGGCCUCCAGAAACAACUGCACCAUCUUCACAUCCCGUUCCUGAAAUCCCUUGAGGACUUCACCUCUGCGCUUUCCAGCUCGGACCUGGUGAUCGAUGCCUUGUUCGGCUUCAGCUUCAAACCGCCUGUCCGCGCGCCGUUCGACACGGUCUUGUCAGCGAUAAUUGACAGCAAGAAGCCCGUUCUUGCCGUGGACAUUCCGUCAUCAUGGGACGUCGAGGGUGGGCCGCCAGAAAAGGGCGAGCUAGGCAGUGAAUUCAUGCCCACGUACAUGAUCAGCUUGACCGCGGCCAAACCUUGCGUCAAGUGGUUCAAGGGUGAGAGGCACUUUAUUGGUGGUAGAUUCCUGUCGGCCGACGUGGCUGGGAAAUAUGGCCUGGAUGUACCGCCGUAUGAGGGUGUCGAUCAGAUUGCCGAAGUGCCUGUCGAUAUCUCCGUGGAGAAGUUGUAA